UGACUGCAUGGUGACCAGGACUGGGAACUGAAUAUUCAAGGAUAUUCGACAUUUAGGAAGGACAGAUAAGGAAGAAAACGAGGUGGAGCUGAUAAUACAAGGCUCAGUGAAGAGUCAAGAUGGCUAGUUGAUGACCAGCAGUGUCCAGGAGCAUUGUUGACCUGCUUUUUGCAGUCAACCAUUUCCAUUACUGGGGAGUAAAAACUAGUCAAGAAGCUGCAGGAUGAAAAGAUGGCGCUCCUGCUCGUACCUUCAGGUCCCCACUGCUUGCGCCGGUUCACUCGCGAAUCCCUGGCUGCUAUUGAGAGGCGGAUCGCUGAGGAACAGGCAAACAGCACGCGGAAAGACCACAAAGCGGAGGGUGAGGAGGAAAAGCCCAGUCCUCACGUUGACCUGGAAGCAGGCAAGCAGCUCCCACUCAUCUACGGCGAUGUCCCGUCAGAGCUCAUUGGCCAGCCUUUGGAGGAUAUCGACUGCUUCUACAACAACAAGAAGACAUUUAUAGUCAUCAACAGAGGAAAAACCAUCUUCCGUUUUAGUGCCACGCCCGCGUUGUACCUGCUGACGCCUUUUCACCACGUUAGAAGGAUAGCUAUUAAAAUUUUAGUACAUUCAUUGUUCAACAUAUUCAUUAUGUGCACUAUUUUGACCAAUUGUGUGUUCAUGACCAUGUCUGACCCUGCCCCAUGGACAAAGAAUGUUGAGUAUACUUUCACUGGCAUUUACACUUUUGAAUCAAUGAUAAAAAUAUUGGCAAGAGGAUUCUGCAUUGAUGCAUUCACCUUCCUUCGAGAUCCAUGGAAUUGGUUGGAUUUCAGUGUUAUUUUAAUGGCGUACAUAACAUCAUUUGUGCACCUAGGUAAUGUUUCAGCUCUUCGAACAUUCAGAGUAUUGAGAGCGUUGAAAACCAUUUCAGUAAUCCCAGGCUUAAAAACCAUUGUAGGCGCAUUGAUACAAUCCGUGAGGAAGCUAGCCGAUGUCAUGAUUCUGACUGUGUUCUGCUUAAGUGUCUUUGCACUCAUUGGUCUUCAGCUUUUCAUGGGGAACUUGCGUCACAAAUGUGUGCGAGACUGGCGAAUAUUUGGCGAGACCGUGAUUAAUGAGACAGGGGAGUACGUUUGGCCCUGGAAUGAACCCUUCGAAGAAUUUAUUAACAAUAAAGAAAACCACUUGUAUCUCGAGGGCAAGAAGGAUGCCUUACUUUGUGGAAACAACACAGAUGCUGGGAAGUGCCCUGUGGGUUAUACGUGUUUGAAAGCUGGACGGAAUCCGGAUUAUGACUACACCAGUUUUGAUAACUUCGGCUGGGCCUUUCUCUCGCUCUUCCGUCUGAUGACCCAGGAUUUCUGGGAGAAUCUUUACCACCAGAUUCUGCGAUCCGCCGGCAAGGCCUACAUGCUGUUUUUUGUCUUUGUCAUCUUCCUUGGGUCCUUCUACCUGAUUAACCUGAUCCUGGCUGUCGUUGCCAUGGCCUACGAUGAGCAAAACCAGGCCACCAUUGCAGAGAAAGUGCAGAAAGAGAAAGAAUUCCAGCAGGCGAUGGAGCAGCUCCGGAAACAGCAGGAACAGGCAGAACAGCAGUUGAACAGACUAGGGAAUGAGACGUUGUCGAGAAGUUCCUCCGAGAGAUCGCAUUUAAGUUUAAGGUACAGAAGCAUGAGGCCUAGGAAUGACAAAGAGCUGGGGAAACUCCACGAGGGAAUAGAUGAGGAAAACGAACUGAGGUCAGCAUCAGAAGAAGGCUUACCGAGGAAGCCUCUCAUGACUCCCAUCCUCUCGAACCGCCACCCGCUCAGGCGCAGCAGUAUUUUCCGAUUCCGGACGCAUUCCGCCGACGCCGCCAUGGAAAACAUCUUCUCGGACGACGAGGGCAGCGUCUUCGAUGACGCCGAGAGCGCCAGGGGCUCCCUGUGCCUCCCCCAGUUGUACAGGACCAACAGCAACCAGAGCCACGGGAGCCACCGCUCGGUGCUGGCGGUCAGCGGGCACUACGGAGGGCGCAGGAAGCUGCACAGUGCCGUCGACCAGAACGGCGUGGUGUCCGUGGUAGGAGGGCCCCCCAUCUCCCCGACCACCCUCCUCCUCCCCCAAGUGACCGUCGACAAGCCAAUCGCAGAAGACAAUUCUUCCCCAUCGGAGAAUGAAAUGAGUAAGAAGCAUUUGCUGACAGACCAUCGGGUCUCUGUGAGUUACCUGGAGGAGACAUACCAAAGGGAGCGAGCUGUUAGUGCAGCUAGUGUUCUCACCAAUACCAUGGAAGGGUCAACAGAGUUAAUGGGUUAA